CCAGAAAAUUCUCUCAUCAGCAUCGUUUUGUUCGUUUCUUCCUCUAGCUCCAUUGGGAAAAUGACCAGUGUUGCAGUUUACUUCCCAUUAUGCAGCUUUUAAGCAUGAUAGACGAUCAUCAAAGCUAAAGAACACUCAAAGAAUAGACCUUUGAGUAUCUACAGCCUCCGCAGCCCCACCUCACAAUGUAUUCCCUUCGCCCAAUCCUUUCCACCACAAAAGGACCAAUCUUUCCUCUCCAUAUCUCACGCUCUGUCAGUCCGCAUCUAAUUCGCCGGCCGCCGCUAGCUUUCCGACAGGCUAUCGUCAACACCCAAUCGAGGCCCAAAUCCACCUCGGUGAGGUCGGCUCUCUCCUCCCCUCCGGUCACUUCCACGCUUCGAGCCGAUACAGGCGGAUCAACUUCCGAUGAGUCGAUUGUAUGGGAGGAGCGCAUAGAGAAGGGAAUAUACAGAUGCAGAUUCCUGGCUUUCUUAGGAGUGCUGGGUUCUCUGAUGGGAUCUGUGCUUUGUUACCUAAAGGUAUGGUUCCGGCUUUGUUAAAUGUAUGGUAGGACCCGUUGGGCUUUUGCAACCCAACUGUUUGUUAUCGGAUCCCACUGAAG